AUGAUGAUGACGAAUAAUCCUAAGCGUCAGUGGGAAAUUAUUCAUAAUAAUAUUGAGAUUAUUCUAAAAGGCUCUCAAUACGACUCGCUUUUCCAUGUUUCGGACUACAUCAUCAAUACUUUUCAUCAAGUAAUCUGGGGCCCAAGACUGCGCAUUUCCAUACGAUUCCGAUACAGAGGCAAGCACAGUGCUCACCCUGAGCCUAACUAUACAAUUCUUCCGAUUUUGGAACUAAAAUGGUCUCAAAAGCUCAAAAUGUUCAUGGACGCAGCCAUUUUAAAGACAAAAGAUGACAGAAAGAAGAGAAAAUUAAUAAAAACUAUGCGCGAUCGAAACCGUCAUAUGACGCCGAAGAGCAUCGAAAUCAACGACUUUACUCCGGGUGUGGAGCAUGUAAUGCUCGUGAGAAUCAAGAAGAACCGGCUCAACCUGACGUCGAGUAUUUUUAAUAAUAUUUUUUAUUAA